UUGGACCCCACUUCAACAUUUUUUUUUCCCAAAACAGUGUCCUUUCUCUGUCCAUGUAGGUAGCUGGCUCUUCUCGAAGCAUAGUAAAACUGAACCCCACUUCCUUUCCUCACAAGGCCUUAAUUUGCCGAGCAUGCAGUGCCCAUAAAAAACACAGCUUUUUUCUUUUCUUUUUUUUUUUUGUCCUGCAACACAUAUAUAUAGACUUCUCUACAUACUCCAUUUGGUACACCAGCUUUAUCAUCAGUUAUUUCUCUCAUCUCCCACCUUUCUAUUUUCUUUUUGGUCUCUUUCUGAUCUGAUCAAUAUUCUUAUUUUCUUCUUUUUUUAUAUAUUUAAUUAAUGCCGGAAAACAUGAGCAUAUCUGUAAAUGGACAAUCUCAAGUCCCUCCCGGAUUCCGAUUUCAUCCCACCGAAGAAGAACUCUUGCAAUAUUAUCUCAGGAAGAAAGUUUCAUAUGAGAAGAUCGAUUUAGAUGUAAUUCGGGAUGUUGAUCUUAACAAGCUGGAGCCCUGGGAUAUUCAAGAGAGGUGCAAAAUUGGAACCACUCCUCAGAAUGAUUGGUACUUUUUUAGCCACAAAGACAAGAAGUACCCUACUGGGACUCGCACGAACCGUGCUACUGCUGCGGGGUUUUGGAAAGCGACCGGCCGUGACAAGGUUAUACAGAGCAACUGCCGGCGGAUCGGAAUGAGAAAGACUUUGGUGUUUUACAAAGGACGAGCCCCUCAUGGCCAAAAAUCUGAUUGGAUCAUGCAUGAAUACAGACUAGACGAUAACAUCGUUGAAACCAACGUCUCCAAUGCUAUGGGGGAGGGGACACAGGAAGAGGGGUGGGUGGUAUGUCGUAUAUUCAAGAAGAAAAAUCACCACAAAAAUCUAGACAGCCCUAUUAGCUCAUCUCUCACUGCAGAAACCAGGAACCAUAUGUUCAGUGCGUGCAAUGAAGGAGCCUUGGAGCAGAUACUCGAAUACAUGGGAAGGAAUUGCAAGGAAGACAGUGAAGCAAACAACAGUACGAGAUUCCUCAGGCCCGUCGAGACAGCCAUUAGCAACGGCUACCCGGACUCAUUCAUGAAACUACCAAGCCUAGAGAGCCCAAACUCCACCAACAGCCAAAACUGUUUCCAACCUAUGAUGACAGGCAAUGAAGGUUCAAUCACCAACCAGGUGAGUGGUGAUCCCAACUCAGUUUAUCACAAUGACUCAGGGCUCACCAACUGGGCAGCACUUGACCGGCUUGUAGCAUCUCAACUCAAUGGCCAAACAGAGACUUCUAGGCAAUUGGCCUGCUUCAGUGACCACCCCAUGGCCUACUGCAACUCAAGUACUGAUCAUCAUGAUCUCCAAUUACCAGCCCUUCGAUCAUCAUCGACAUCGUCCAACAGGUCUUACCAUGGAACUCAGGAUUAUAACAGCGAAAUAGACCUCUGGAGUUUCACUAGAUCAUCGUCUUCAUCCUUGUCAUCAUCCGAUCCACUGUGCCACGUGGUGAAUGCUAGUGUAUAACAGAAUUACCCUUAGUUCCUAUAUAUAAUUAUACCUUAGUUCCUAAAGUCAGAAGGUUAUUAUUACGAGUUGUGUUGAUGAAUAUAUAAAUGAUAUUAAUAUAAAUAAAGUGAAAAUUAUUCUUAGAUGGGGUAGCUUUGUCAACCAUUAUCGUUACUUAAUCAACAUGUCUACCAUUUUCAUAAAUUUGUUCUCUACAAGCCUAGCAAUC